UAGGGACGUAAGUUCGGUCGAACCCGCUCGUACACCAACUGCUGUCGGGGAACCACGUUCAUAGUUCCCAUUUACAAUUUCAAUUUGGAUUACUAAGUGGUUUGAGCAUGGCCAAGACAUUGUCAUUUUUCUUCUUGCUGUCGUUCUUUAUUAUAUAUGUAUGUGCUGCAAGUUAUUCCCUACGGUGUAGGUGGAACCAGUUUAAAGUUGAAGAUGUGAUGGGUAACUAUUCUUGCAUCAGUUGCCCUAAGUGUCCUCCUGGAUAUGGCUUGACUCCGCAGUGCAAUAAUUUGGUUAAAUAUGGAACCCGCAUUGAGUGCAAAAAGUGUGAGCUUGGAAAAACAUAUUCUAUGGCUCAUGAUAUUAGAUCUUGCAGUCCAUGUGGAAUAUGUGCAGAUCAUGAAAGAGAAAUAAAGAAAUGCAAUUUUACUUCAAAUUCGGUGUGUGGACAAUGUGAUAAAGGCUUCUAUAGUGAAGGAUUAACUGGAGAUUGUCAGCCAUGUUCCUUUUGUUGCUCAUUUCUCCCCAACCACACUGAAACAAGCAAUAGUGUGAAAGAUGAAUGUAAAAACAUGCCAUUCUAUCAAAGAUGUGAUGCCAAUGCUAUCCAUUGUCAAGCACCAAAAUGUAGAGAUAACCAAUACCUUGUUGUAACAAACAAAAAAGGGAGUGCACACUGUGUGGAUUGUAAGAGCUGUCCAGCAGGAACAUCGCCUUCUAUUCCAUGUGGAAGUGGACAUAUACUAGAGAGUAUUGAUGAUGUCAAAUGUAUGAAAUGCUCUCUUGGUAAAACAUAUUCCGAAAAGCCAGGUACACACCCUUGCAAGACAUGCUCAGCUACUUGUUCAGUUGGACAGAUAGAAAUGACACCCUGCAAUCUGACACACGAUAGGGUUUGUGGAAAUUGUAAUAAAGGAUUUUAUAGUAUGAAUGGAACAGAAUGCAAGCCAUGCUCUGCCUGCUGUGGUGAUGAAAAAGAUGUUCAAAUUCCUGAAUGUGUGAGACACAGUAUGCCAAAGAGUACACAGUGUAGUUACACUCAGAGAUCCAUCACAGUAUGUCAGGAAGGAAGCAAAAUUGGGACUGUCAUUGAACAGAAAACCACAAUCACUACCACUUUAUUGACAGUGAUGAUAGUAGGGAUAAUUUUUGCAAUCAUGGCAUCGUUGUUGUUGGGAUACUUGAAAUACAGAAAGAAUAGAGGUUCUCUAAGUAGAUUUUUUUAUGCCAAGUUGCAGCCAUCUUUAGAGGAAGUGCCCCAUGGCCAUAGUCUCUCGAUAUCAUUGGAGGAGCCGAUAGCUCAUGGAGCACAGGAGACCUUAUCUUUUGAUAAAUCAGGUGUUUUAGUCCAGUUCAGCGAUACAGAGAGUUUCUUCAAUGAUGCUCAAGAAAUAAGAUUGGAGAUAUGUUGGGAUGUUUACUGCAUGCUUUCUCCUCAAUCUGGUGAAGUGCAGCUUAGCCCUGUGAUAAAGUUUCAUCCAUAUGGGAAGCAACUAUCCAAACCAGUGCAAGUUAGAAUACCACAUAGUGCUUUGGUUUUUUUAAGUAAUGACUGGGAAAUCACAUUAAAAAGCUCUCUACCACAUAAUGAAACAAUAUGGUGGAAGAAGGAAAAUCAGUUUGAAGUCCACAAUAAUGAAGUCAGCUUUCAAGUGGAUAAUCUUAGUUCCUACGUAGUCAAUGGUACAUCAAUGGACAAUGGCAAACCAACAAAGAAGCGCCUUCAGUGUGCUGUUUUUGGUGGAGAGGGUACAGUUGGCAUGGACUACACAGCAUAUUUGUAUGUCUUUGAUGACUGUGAGGCAUCAUUAGAGAAAAUCAUGCAAGAAGAGAGGUCAAGUGGAAGAAUUUUGUUGGGUUCCCCUCAGUCUAUCUAUGUCGAAACUGUGGCAAUUGAAACUGCUAUCAAGAUUUCUGUAAAACAGCCAGUCGAGGGGUGGACUGUUGGAGAGAUUAAACCAGAGUGUAUCACACAAAAACAUUUGAAGGAAUCCUAUCAAAUGAUACCCAGAGCAGAAAUAGUUUUUAAACAUGACAAUGGUCGCAACAGAGAUUUCCUUUGUAUAUUUGAACUAACUACUGGAGAUUCAACAACCACAAUUUGUGCAGUUGCCUCGAUUAAAGAGGACCCAUUUAGGAGGCCUGAGGAGCGGCAACCAAGCUUCAGUAAUGACCGCCAUCGUCUAGUGACAGGCAGGAACUCGUGUGAUCCAGUCAUUAUUAAUGAAGAAAAGGCGUCCCUUUAUCUUGAAAAACUCCCAAAAGAAGUGUUUCAUACUGUUUGCAUGACACUGGAUAGGCCACUCAAAGGAAAAGGCAAUUGGCGACAUGUUGGAGCAUCCCUUGGAUUCAGCGAGGAAGAGAUUCAGCGUUUUAGAGAUGAGAUACUAACUCCUGAAGGAAGUCCUAGCAUGGUGAUGUUGGGGGCGCUGAUAGCUAGGCAACCGCUGUUCACUGUAGCAGAAUUAGUGCAUAUUCUUCAAGCUAGAAAUGUUAAGCGCUUUGAUGUUGUAGAAAUUCUUGAGCCCUAUUUGUAUGAGCCAAUUCCAGUGUAGCAUAAAAAUGUACUAAAAUGGUCUAAAAUUUGAAUGUACACACUUAAAGGAAUAGGAAAAUAAGGAAAUAGUACGUAUAAUCACUGCCUUAGAGAUGUUAGAUAUUUGUAGAGAAAGACAUCAGUUUGUAGACUUAAGUCGGUGCACAGCAGCACUUGUAAAGAAUGCCUUUUUUCCUAAUUUGCCCUUAUCACUCCCCCGCCGUCUUGAAAAUGACGUAAUGUGUUUACAUGAGAACGAGGCGCCGCGUGGUUCCUGAUCGCCUCAGGUAAUCGAAUCAUGCCGAACAAAGAUCACUGCAGUGUUCCCAAGUGCAGCAAUAAUAGAUCAAAAGCACUUAAUAACUUAACAUUCCAUCAGUUUCCUAAAGACAAAGCGCUUAGAAGACAAUGGAUGGUUCAAAUUAGACGCGAUACCAGCGAAACUUUCUCGGUAAGUAGGCAGUUCUCCGUAGAAGACCUAUUGGAGGCAGCACAAAAGCGCAUCGAGGAACUAGAAAAACUGCUAAAGAAAGAAUCAUUGUACAGACAAUUGCAAGGCAUGUCUAACAAGAGUGUAAGGUUUCACACUGGAUUUUUCUCAUUUGAAGUUCUUGUAAGUACAUUUAAUGCUUUGAGGCCAACAGCUGAAAAAAUGUACUCGUGGUCGCAGUUUCAGAGAGUAAGGAAUAAAGGAGAAAAUGAAAUAAACAAGACCGGAAAUGCCAUUAGGGCAUGUAAACUUAGUUUAUUUGAUCAAUUCUAUUUAUGUGUUACCAAGUUAAGGCUAGGCACUUUCAAUGAGAAACUAGCAAGGGAAUUUAAUAUUUCUGAGUCAACCGUAAGCAGAGUUUUUAUUUCGUGGAUUAAUUUUCUCUAUUUUGUUUUGGGAACUAGUCCCAUUUGGCCAGCUAGAAGUAUUAUCGACAAGCAUAUGCCAAAGUGUUUCAAGUCAUUGUAUCCUACGAGCCGUGUUAUCAUAGAUGCCUCUGAAAUAAAGGUGCAAACACCAUCAA